UCAGAAAGUGAUCUAGACAAACGUAUAACACAACGUGAAUUGAAACAACUUGAAGAAAAGCUUAAAACUAUUACUGAAGAAAAACGGAAAUUAAUUGAACGUAUGUCUUCAGAGAAAUCAGAAAAUGAGGAAAUUGUGAAAGGAACAUGUUAAAAACAUUGCACUUCUUAAAACAGAACUAGAACAACAAAAAUCUCAAUCAGAAAAAUUACAAAGGCGACUAGAUGCCUACCAGAACAAGAGUGAUGCUGAAAAGAACAGUUUCAGUAAAUGCCAAGCUGACUUGAGUGAAUGCAAGUCUCAGAAUCUUAUUUUGAAGGCUGAAAUAAGAAAAAAUGAAAGCGCUAUUAAAUGUUUAGACAAUGAGAUUGCUCGAUUGAAGGAAAUUUGUUCAGUUAAAGAAGAGGAAGUGAAAAGCAUUGAAGAUUUCUACAAGGAUCAAAAGAGGGAUUAUGAUAAUUUGAAAAUAAAUAAUUCAAUGCUGAAAGAAGCUUGUGCCAUGAUGGAAGAUCAAUUGCAACAACUUGAAGCUCUUUGUGAUGGUCAUGAAGAGCGUGCUGAAUCAUUGCAAGCUAGAAUUGCUGAAUAUGAAUCUAACACAGACACAAAGCGAGAAGAAAUUCUACAAGCAAAACGGCAAUUCAAUGAAGAACGUAGUUUGAGACUAAUUGCUGAAAAGAGAUGUGAAAGGUUGCAAAAUGAUUUGAGUGAAUUCAGAGAAUCUAUGACAUUGACUUCAAACCAACUUGGAGAAGAAAAAGAUAGAAAUGAAAUCCUAGAAACACAACUAUCAGAUAACAUGCAAUUAAUUUCUUCACUAGAAUCAUCUUUACAAAAUGAAAAACGUCACCAUGAGGCUCUGACCUCUGAACUGAACAUGGUGAAAGAAGAAUCAUCAAGACAUUUAACCAUGAUGUAUUCUACAAAAGAAGAAAUGACAAGACUGAGAACAGAAAUGCAAGAAAAAUUAAUUUUAAUAGAUUCACUAACUGCUCAUAUUAACGAGCUUGAGGAUUCUCUUACUGAGCUUAGAGUUUUCUAUCAACAUCGUGAGGUCAAAUCUGAAGCCACAUUGCAACAAUACACAAAACUUAUUGAUCUGCUCAGACGAAGCUAGAAGAUGGUAACAAGA